AAAAAAUCUUAAAAAAAAAAAUAUCAGCAAUUUGAUAAACUGUCUGCUUCAGAAUGUACACAGAAGUUGAGGCUAAGAAAAUAGAACUGGUUGACUGGGGAAAGGCUACCAGCAAAGGCACUGUGACAGACCAAGUGCAAGGACCCAAAGAGAAAGUCAAUUCCAUGAAGUCCUGGCUGAGCAAGGUCGAAAGUCCCAGUUCUCUCACUGACUGCACGAACUUUUCUAAUGAGAAAACCAUCUCUAAACUUGAAUAUUCUAAUUUUAGUAUUCAAUAUUAAUAGAAAUAAAAAU